GCGCCAGGGCUCAGCCAGUGGGCGUCCUUAGCGGAGCUACUGGCCGCGCUGCUCGAGGCCCGCGGCAGGACUCUGCGGACUGCGCGCGAGACUGGCCUUUUUUGAGGACAGCGUGAGGGGAACAGGGGGAAUGAAGGAUGGCAGCACGCCGUGCAUUAAAAGCUGUUUUGGUGGAUCUCAAUGGCACACUUCACAUUGAAGAUGCAGCUGUGCCAGGCGCACAGGAAGCUCUUAAAAGAUUGCGUGGUUCUUCUGUAAUGGUUAGGUUUGUGACCAAUACUACCAAAGAGAGCAAGCAAGAUUUAUUGGAAAGGUUGAAGAAAUUGGAGUUUGAUAUCUCUGAGGAUGAAAUAUUCACUUCUCUGACUGCAGCAAGAAGUUUAGUGGAGCAGAAACAAGUUAGACCUAUGCUGCUGGUUGAUGAUCGGGCCUUACCUGAUUUUAAAGGAAUCCAGACAAGUGAUCCUAAUGCUGUGGUCAUAGGCUUGGCUCCAGAACAUUUUCAUUAUCAAAUUCUGAAUCAAGCAUUCCGGUUACUCCUGGAUGGGGCACCUUUGAUAGCGAUUCACAAAGCCAGGUAUUACAAGAGGAAAGAUGGCUUAGCCCUGGGGCCAGGGCCAUUUGUGACUGCUUUAGAGUAUGCCACCGACACCAAAGCCACAGUAGUGGGCAAACCAGAGAAGACAUUCUUUCUGGAAGCAUUACGAGACACUGGCUAUGCACCUGAGGAGGCCGUCAUGAUAGGAGAUGAUUGCAGGGAUGACGUUGGUGGGGCCCAGAACGCCGGUAUGCUGGGCAUCUUAGUUAAAACUGGGAAAUACCGAACAGCAGAUGAAGAAAAAAUUAAUCCACCUCCCUACCUGACUUGUGAGAGCUUCCCUCAGGCUGUGGACCACAUUCUGCAGCAUCUACUCUGAACCGUCAAGUGAAUGUGAGGCGCCUAGAAACCCAGCUCCUGUUGUCUGGAAAGGAUUCCCUCCUCCAGCAUCCAGAGACAUAGACUGCCCAGUGCUGAUCUAGCUUUAGCCCUUUUUUUUAUUUUCUACAUUAAUGAGAAAGUAUUGAGUUGCGUCCUGCACUAAGCCUUGCUAAUCCCUUUUGUUACAGAUUGUAAAAGAAGAAGAGAUACAAAGAAAGGGCAAGCUGAGAAUGUGUGCCAUUCCUUUUCAAAUAUUCAUCAGCUUCCAAAGGCAGGGGAGGGAGAAGCUCCUGCUGUCACCCCAGUGGAAACAGAGAGGGGAAAUUGGUCUGAAUAAAGUUGAAUGUGCUUUUUAGAUCAGAAAGUGCUGAGUUGAGAGCUGUUUUCGGCUCUCGUUUUAAUACUGAGUUCAACUGUGAAUCUGAGCAGAAGUGCCAAGUGGAGCACCAGACAGAGGCAACCAAAUGAAGUGUCCUUCAGCCCAAGUGAUCCAGGGAAGGGGCUUUAACAGAUGUUGGAAAUGAGACUCUCAGUUAUAUUCCCAGCAUGAGUGACUUCCUUUCUCUUCAUUAGCCAGAGAUGACUAAUUUAAAUUUAGAAGCCGAUUUUAAUUUAAGAUAAUAUUUCCAUUAAUAACCUAUUCAUUGCGGGUACCUAUUAUACUGCGUAACAGUUGUUUUGGAAAUUUUAUGUAAAAUUAAAACUAUCAGUAUUUUACAGAUGUUUUAAUUAGACAUUGUUAUUAACAGGAACAGUGCAGAAACUAAAAUCAAGCCUUUAAUGUCUUAUAGACCAUGCAUUUUUGAAGUUAGAGUCCACCAGGGUCCUAUUAACUGUACAUUUGCAAGAUUUCAUUAUUUUUGCCUCUGACACUAUGGGAAAAAUCUCUUAGAAACUACUGGGACAGAUUCAGGCUUUUAUGUACUUGGUUACUACAGCUGUAAAAUGAAAUCUCGUCUUGCAGCAUGGAUUAUUCUGACGUUGUACCCGCCCAAAUGAAGGGGACUGAGUAGGUAAUGAUUUUCCUAGUGCAUUUGCAUACUGUGAUAAUCCUGGGCUCCGGCAAUUGUUUUACAGGGCUCCUGGGCAUUGAAUUAUUAGAGUGUAAUUGUACAUCAUUGUAGAGUUCACCUUAUUGAAGCGUGCACAUGUUAAUGA